GAGUAUAACGCACAACCUAGCAUUUGUUUUAUCCGAAGUAUGCUCAGGGUUUCGGAUAGGCCUAACAGAAGCCACAUCUGAAUAUGAAAGUGACUGAUAGCACUGCAGUAGAUUUUUGGGGGGAAAGUAAAUUGCGCUACUAUGAGCGAGUAAUGUAGGGCUGAGCAACUAAGAUCCCUUAUUUUAGGUUAGGCCCAUAGAAUUUCCGUCGAAGCAAAAAUAAUGAACAAGGAAAUACUAUUGGCUAAUAUAUAAUAUAAUAUAGGGGGCCUAUGCCAGAAAUAGUGCUAUCUAAAUACAACGACAGGUUUUGAGGUGACAGCAUUUCUCUAAUGUGAAACUGGAUUAGGUCUACGUUAUUGGACCUUCGUUUUUCCAUCGUUACUAUCAGUGGUAAUGGGCUAAUCUAAACAAAUUCACCGAAUUGUGGCGUAUUUUAAUAAAUCGUUUCAUAUAUUUCUUUCUAAUAUGGUGUUUAUUGAUGAAAUAUUUGCUUGUGCGAUUACAUUUAGUAAUUUAUUGUAUUUAUACAUAAAACAGCACAGGAGUCAUUAUAAUGUGGGAGGACAGAAUAAUUUUGCCAAUAUGCUGCCAGCCUGCCACUUUAAUUCCUAUCUGAUGACGUCAGAUACUAUCGACGAAAGGAGAAAGAAGCGGAUCCUCCGUUGAUGAAUGGAAACAAGAUGUCCAGGGUUAAUUCUACCGACAAUGUUUGUUUAAGAUAAAAACGUUAACUGACCAAGACACAGUCGCUCGAAAGAUGCCAUCGGUUGGUCGAAGGGGACGUUGGACCGCAUGGUGCCAAGUUUUCCUUUUCGGUGUGUCCGCAAUCGUUAUUCUGGCCGAGAGAACUGCAUUGAUAUAUUGCUUUGUGUACUACCUAUGGUUUGGCCAUAUGCUGUGGGCGGGGCUGACUCUUGGCCUCAUCCUGCCGGGAUUAGCUGCCCAGGUCUUGAGUUUCUUGUGGUACCACGCCGAUGGAGACCAGCGCAAAUGUUUCCUCUUCUUCAUUCACCUUCUGCACCUGGGCAUCUUCAAAAGGUUUGGUGACUGCAUGCUAUCUGUGUGGCACAUGCAUGGAUCUACAGGCGAGCUUGGUGCUGCAGUCAUGCAGCAAGCAGAUGUGUCUGCCCUCCGCCUGCUGGAGGCACUGUUGCUCACCCUUCCUCAGAGCCUGCUGCAGACAUACGUUCUUGUCACCACUGAUGUGGGCCUGCUGUCACCAGUGUCUUUCUGUUGUGGGCUCUGCUUGCUGUCCUUGUCCUGGGCCCUGGUCCUGUACAGUCGGGCAUGCUGCCUGAUCCGACCAGGUCACCUGGCUAUGCCCCCUGCUGCCCUGCUCUGCCAGCUGUUGUGGAGGGUGGGCAUGCUGGGUGCCAGGAUUUGCAGCCUCAUGUUCUUUGCCAGAAUCUUCCGCUGGUGGGUCUACGGAGUUAUAGGUUUCCACUGGCUGACUGCUUCCUUCUGGAUGGUGUCCCAGCAAACAGACAUCUGUAUCAGCCCCUGGCGCUGGCGUCUGUUCAACUGCAUCCUGGGAGCUGUGCAUGUCUUCUUCUUCCUCAACGUUAAAGAUGGCUCCUCACGGUUUCGCAUGGCUGGCUUUUACGUGGUUAUGCUGCUGGAGAAUGCCACACUUCUCCUCUCAGCCUCAGACUUCCUGAGUGAGGCAACAUGGGAAAGCAUGAGCUUCCCUACAGCUGUGCUUUGCAGUUUCCUCCUGGGCACUACCUCACUGGUACUGUAUUACCGCUUCCUGCACCCCAAAUCCACCGAGAUUUCCCAGAGCCUGCGCCACGGUCACAUCAGCAGCGCAUGUCUGGAGAGGGGGGAGUCCUCUUUCUCACUGGGCGACAAAAGCUUGCCUGUUCGUGCUGACCACACCCACAACAACAGCAGCUUUGUCCUCCCUGGCCUAGCAGGUUCCCUGGCAGAACAUUCUGGGCCCUGUGGCGCCAAACCCAAUGGGAGGGAGUGCAGGCACCACCACUGGCUGCUGAUCCGACUGGCGCUCAAGACGGGUGAUCUGGCUAAGAUCAACCUGGCCUACGGUGCUGGAGGAGUGGCUGCCAUACUGGAUGUGGAGGAGUGCAACCCUGAGAUCAAAGACAGAGGUGUCCCCUCACCCCCUUCGCCCCAAUCGGAGGUAAAAGAGGCCACGGCGCCCCUCUCAGACUGCAAGGAGGAAUUCCAGAGCAUCAGCGAAGCCACCACCUCCCCAGGGGGCCAGCGGGAAGAAGAGGAGGAAGAGGAUGACAGCCUGGAGAUGGAGAGCCCCUUGGGGUCCCCUGCCUCUGACUUCAAGAGGGGCUCCCCUGAGGGCAAAUCUGUGUUGGGGGACAGCCCCGAACUUAACUUCUGCCCCACCGAGUCUAGCUCCACUCUGUACUUCAGCGCUGACCCCCAGUCCCCUAGCAGCACCAGUAACCCAGGCCUGGAGAACCUGCCAGAACUCAGCCCCAUAACAGGUGACAAAGGCUUGCAUGGGGAUUUCAGGGGCUUCUUGGGCAGAGUUGAACCCCGGUACACAUCCACCCCAAGACUGGACCCAGGGGCUCAGGAACAACCAGCUCACCAUCUUGGGGGCCCCAGGAGGCAGCUGGUGCCGCUAAGAAAAGAAGAAGAUGGAAGUAUUUUUAAGAAACCUGAGCAGAAAGGGAAUUCAAAGGACGAAUAAAUAACGGGAGGUUUCAAAAGCACAAAUGUCCCACAUGUAUGGGAGUUCUCUUUCUAUAGGAAAUCGGACAGUCUUUGGUUUCACAAAGCAUUUUGUCCGGUGCAGACUCCAAAAAUGUGACCUAUGUUUUGAACCAUUGCUUAAACAUGGCAAGUUAACCUUUUUGUGCGAUUCUUUCUUAUGCCUCUCUUUUUAACUGAUGUGUAUUCUCGCCUUUUAAAAGAGAGUUUCUUGCUAUUCAAUGAUUGUUACAGUUGUUUACUUUAAUUAAGGUACCAAUAUUUCAAAUAUUUAAACUAUAUAUUCAUGUAAAUUUCUUUUUCCAAGUAGUUGUUUUUGCAAGUACUUGCUUGUUUUGUGAAUCCCCAGUGUCUCAAACAGUCCUGAAGGGAAAAAUAAUAAUCUGCUCUGAAACUCUACUUUUUGUAGGUUUAUUAUUCUGUUUGUAAUUUGUUAUUCAUAUUUUAGCUCAUUUUGAAACAAGUAUACAUUCAUUAUUUUCACUUGAUUCUAAUAAUAGUAAUAAUAAGCUCACCAUCAGAUUAAAUUGUAGAAAAUAAAGAUCUCAAAUAAUUAACAUUGUUAAAACUGUAUCUUUAGCUGAAGUCAGUGCAAACUUUCUGCAUAUUCAGCUGGAGAUCAGUCUUAGCUUUUCAAGCAAUAAAAAGCCUAUUAUGUGAACAUCCUACCAAUUCAUUGUUGAGGAUACUUAUGUGUUGAACUACUCAGCUGGACACUAAUUUAUGCAGUGCCACAUAUGAUAAUAAGUAAUCUUGUUGUCUAUGGUAGUGUUUUUCCUGGUCCUUGCAAACUCCUGUGUGCUGAUUUUUGUUCAAAGAAAUCACAUAAUGAAUUAGGGAUGGGCAUUUGAAUGAUUUUCAGUGCUCGAGAACCCAGGGGGAAUUUUGAUAGUGCUCGAGUGCUCCUUCACUGGUGGGGUGGGGGGCCUGGGGCUGGUUGGCCGGGUUGGACUUCCAUGACUUUCGCCUGUUGUUUAAUUUCCCAUCUUCCCAAUUUCCUUCUUUUUUUAUUGUAUUCCGUAACUUUUUGGCAGUUUUUGAUGGGACCUGCCAACCUUAACAUAGCAUACAGUGGGAUUUGUUACCAUAGCACUUUUACCAUAUUGCCAAAUGCUGGGGGAAACAAAGUGUGACAAUGCAGAUAUAAAAAUGAGCUGGGAUCCAGAUGCCGUUCCUUGUUGUAAUGAAAUGUUUGACGGCCCCCGUCAACAGUUUUUGCUGAGCUCUCCUUCCCCCUGUGUCAGUGGCAGUAUGCUUCAUCAAAGUCUCAAACCUCACAAUGUACAGCUUGUUGUACCAAAACAAACUUUAAAGAAAUAAAAGCAGACACAUGGUAGCCCAA